AUGGUAACGGUCAAAGCUGACCUGAAAGGAAUUCCAGAUAGUGAAGAUGAUCAGUACGCGGAGUGUAUGAUUGAUUGUAUGGGCUUGUCAGCUGAAUUAUCACCAAUAGAUAUUGCGACUGAUCACUUCUAUACGUUUGGACAUGGGUACGAUGACGCCAGAGAAGUGUUGGAGGCUCUCGGUUCAGAGAUCACGUCUGAUAUAGCAGAGUCCGAUUGGACCGAUGUUGAUCUGUCGAAUGGCUAUUAUUCCGGAUGGGAUGAUGAUGAUGAAGAAGUUGUUGGGGUGAAAAAUGACUCCACGGUCCAAACCAGUCCCACCCUGUGUCUUGACUUCUAA